GCUUAACUUUAGUCGCUACUCUUACUUUGACUCGACAAGGUGAUAACUUCACGUAUAGGCUGAGUGCAACACGGCCCCCCGUCUAGUAGAAUUUUACGAGACUGUUCGGGUUCGCACUUUGAACGUGUUUCCCGCGGAGGGUCAUACAAAAAAUAAGCGACUUAUCGGAUGAUGUUGCAUGCACUGGUGACGCACUUUUGCUAGAACUGAGCGAGCCGGCGAAACAAAACAAAUCGAGUCAUUGGCAGCCAGCCAGCCAGCAGCAGUUUAGUUGGUGUUUGUAGUUUGUUUGUAACAAGGAGGAUCGCAACUUGGCAAGAUGAAGCUCGGCCAACUGCUCCUGACGAUCAUGGAUCCGUUCAAACUGAUCCGGAACUACCUGUUGAAACCGCUGGCCAUCACUGGAAUCGAGUUUGCCGAGGAGUAUAAGCGGAAAACAAACGCCAGCGUUCGCUCGACCAAGAACGUCUUGCUUCGGCUUAUUGUGGCCGUGCUGCUCGGGUUUUCGGUUGUUUGGGCAUCGAUAUUCAUGUACGCUUACUUCUACUACUCAUACAUGCCAACCGUGUCGCACGUCAAGGACGUGUUUCUAAGCUAUCGAGAUUGUCAUUUCGAUAAAAACUGCUUCGCAUACCCGACUGGCAAUGUUAUGCUAACCAAUAAGCAACAAUUCUUAAUGAUCGGCCAACCGUAUCGUGUGACCUUGUACCUGGAAAUGCCAGAAUCCGAACAAAAUGAUAAGACAGGAAUGUUCACCGUAUGCGCUACAAUGCAGGAUCACUCGAAUGAACAUUCGGUCAAAUCUUGCCGUUUAUCAAUGCUGCACUACAGAUCCAGUCUUCUGAAAAUGGUAUCGACCAUAGUGCUGGCCCCGUUUCUGGUCCUAGGCUACCGGGAAGAAAAACAAACCGUUGCCGUCGAACUGUUCAGCCAUUUUGAGGACAAUCAAAUCCAUCCGGUGACGAACGUUGACGUGAGCAUCCUCUCGAAGGAGGUUCAGUUCUAUUCGGCCCAGCUCCACAUUGCCGCGAAUUUCUCGGGACUGCGCUACCUGAUGUUCAACUGGCCCGUUGUUUCAGCUAUAAUAGGAAUAACGACAAACUUGUUUUUCAUUCUGAUCGUCUGCAUGCUGAGCUGGUAUCACUGGGACGAUACGGAAUGGUUGGUUGAGAUUAAGGAAAAGUAUCAGACGAUCGUACAGAAAACGAAACUGGUAGGUGUUCAACAACCGGUCCUAGAACCGAAAUCGAUUGACGAAGAUAUCCAGAGCGUCGAAAAAGAAAUCGAGGACAUUUCCAGCUUUAAGGAUGAUCUUGAUUUGGGAAGUUAGAAAUGGAUGCUAUUUUCAUAUCACUCCAAAAGGCUGUUUAAAUAAGUUUAAUACAUACCUAACUGUUUUUGCUAGUUGGUUUUUGGUUUACAAUUCGAGAUUAAAGAAUAAAUACAUGUGGACAACAAAUCCACUUUGUUGGUUAUAAACAUAGUUCAAUUGCUUUUAG